AUGUUGAUUUCUACAAGCAAACUUCGGAGUCUCUCCGUCAAACACAAUCGAACGCUUUGCCAUGUUUUUCAGUUCACCCAGAAACCCGCAAACAAUGACAACCUUGAUCAGAUAGCAGAUCUUUUGAAACAACCGAAUUGGGAACAUAACACAUAUCUUAAAUCGCUUGCUUCCCACAUGAGUCCUGAAUCAGCGUGUAAGGUCAUCUCCCUUCACAACGAGAACGUCGCACUCUGCGUCCGAUUUUUCAAAUGGGUGUGUAAACAGUCAACUUAUUGUUACAGUAUGGAUAGUAGAAUCCAUCUUUCGAAUUUAAUUAUGCGUGGUAAUUAUUUUGGGGUUUUACACAAGGUGAUCGUUGUCUUCUUGAUCAAAGAUUGUAGUAAUACUGUAAAUGAGGCUUUGAGAUUGAUUAGCGUUCUUGAUGAUAUGAGGAAAUUUGGUUUCAGGAUUAGUUACCCUUGUUAUAGUACUCUUUUGAUGUGUUUAAGUAAGCUACAAAUGGGUUUAUCAGCCUUUUCAGUUUAUGAAAGAAUGGUGAAUGAUGGGUUCAUUUUAGGUUCGAUAGAUUACAACACACUGAUAAACGCUUUGUGCAAGAAUGGGUUUGUACGAGGUGCAGAAAUGUUUGUUUCAAGAAUUGUGAAACUUGGUUUCAAUGUAGAUGUUCAUAUUUCAACUUCUUUAGUACUAGGCUAUUGCAGGAUAGGUAGGCUCACAGAAGCAUUUGCAUUAAAGGAAAAAAUGCUCAUGAAUGGAUGCCAUCCAAGUACACGUACAUAUACUGUUCUCAUUAAAGCAAUUUGUGACUUAGGAUCUACUGAUAAAGCUAUGUAUUUACUUGAUGAGAUGCUCAAGAAAGGAAGUAACCCCAAUGCUCAUACUUACACAAUAUUGAUCAAUGGAUUAUGCAUGGAAGGUAAAAUUGAAGAGGCAAAUUCGAUGUUUAGAAAAAUGAUCAAAGAUGGGUUAAUUCCAGGCACGAUUACUUACAAUGCACUCAUCAAUGGCUACUGCAAACAAGAACGAGUUGUUUCUGCUUUUGAGCUUCUUGCCAUGAUGGAAAAGAGAAACAGUAGACCAAAUAUUCGCACCUACAAUGAACUUAUGGAAGGUUUAUGUAGAAUUGGUAAACCUUACAAAGCCAUGUCAUUAUUGAGAAAGAUAAUUGAGAAUGAUUUAAGACCCGAGACACUAACUUAUAACAUAUUGGUUGAUGGGUUUUGUAAAGAAGGCCAACUUGAUAUGGCUUUUAGGAUUCUAAACUCCAUGGAUUCACUUCACCUUGAAUCUGAUGGAUUUGCUUAUACAACACUCAUAGAUCAGCUUUCCAAAGAAGGAAAAGUGGAUCAAGCAAAUGGGAUUUUGGGUGUAAUGAUGAAAAAGGGUGUAACUCUUGAUGAAGUCACAUUUACUGCUCUUUUAGAUGGGUAUUGCAAGAAUGGUAAAACAGAAAAUGCAGUUUUGUUUUUUAAUCGAAUGGUCAAACAUCUUACUUUGACCAGCCCUCACAUCUUCAACUCACUAAUUGAUGCUUUCAAUAAAGAUACGAAGGUGGGCUAUGCAAAUGCUAUUUUUGGGAAGAUGUUGAAAUGUGGUGUGACUCCUUCUGUUGUGACUUACACAAUUCUAAUUGAUGGGUAUUUAAGGGAAGGUAAUUUUGGUCAAUCUUUAAAAGUUUUUGAAUCAAUGAAACUUUGUAAUUGUCCUCCAAAUGUCUACACAUUCACGGUUUUCAUCGAUGCAUUAUGUCAAAAUGGUAGAAUGGAUGAAGGAUUGAAGCUUCUUGAAACUAUGCGUGAUACGGGUGUAUCUCCAAAUGUUGUUACUUAUACUAUAUUGAUUAAAGCUUAUGUUAAAUCGGGUGAGUUGGAUCAUGCAUUUGGAAUCUUGAAUGAUAUGGUAAAAGACGAGUGUUCACCAAACUUUGAGACUUUUUCUUCAUUGCUUGAAGGAUUAGUUAUCUCCAACAAUGGUAAAACUAAAAAUAAAAAUGCUUCUUUUACUGUGUUUAAAGAAAUGAAUGCUACUCAUAGUGUUGAGUUUUUACAAAAGGCCAAGAAACAUGGUGUUAAGGAUUCGGAUGUUAAUAGUUUCUUGAUCAUGGGGUUAUAUAAAGUGGGACGAAUAGUUGAAGGCUAUGAAUUGGCUCAAGAAAUGGUGAAAAAUGGCUACUUUCCUGACAUUACUUCAUGUUCUCAGAUUCUUGAACACUUGUUUCAUGAAGGAAAAUAUGAUGAUUGUGUAGUGUGGAUGAAGUUGAUGUUUGAUCAUGGGCCUAUGCCAUCUUUUGAAUCAUGUUGUUGUUUAUUUCAUGGUCUUCGAAAGGAAGGAAAGAUUCGGGAAAUGCAAGAUUUGAUGUCUGAUCUUUUGUGGAAAGCUGGUGUUGAGGAGAAAGAUGGAGUUUUAUCAUACAUAGAAUCUUUGUUAAAUUGUGAUGAACAUGAUGAAUGUCUUGAGCUUCUAAAAGUUGUUGAAGAACUUAACCAUCAAGAAAAACCAAUAAUCUAA